CUUCGUUGAAAACAUACAUCCAUUUCGCCAUGUCCUCAGACAAUACUGUAGCGCCAAAAAGGAAGCUCAAGCCUGCUCGGAAGCAAGUGGCGUCGGAUGAGGUGGACAAGAGUCAAGGUUACCAAGCGGGACGAGAAUACAACAUUUGGUAUAACAAAUGGGCAGGAGGUGACAGAGAGGACGCUUUAGCUAGCAAAGUGCACUCUCAAACCCGAUGUAUCAUCUCUCGAGAUGCAGGCUACACAAGAGCAGAUGCCACCGGUAACAAGUACUGCUGUUUGUUUUUUGCUCGUGGAUGUUGUCCUUACGGAUAUGAAUGCCAGUAUCUCCACCGUUUACCAUUACCGAGCCAUCAGUUACCGGACAACUCUAGAGACUGUUUUGGACGGGAGAAGCACGCCGACUACCGAGAUGACAUGGGUGGUGUCGGAUCUUUCAACCGUCAAAACCGAACAUUGUACAUUGGCAAAAUCCAAGAAAGCCCGGAUAAGAAGCAGAUGACGGAGACUUUGUUGCGUCAUUUCGGAGAAUGGGGUAAGAUUGUCAAAUAUAAUAUCCUGUUUGGACGUGGUGUCGCGUUUGUGACAUACGAGACUGAUCACCAAGCGAGCUUUGCCAAGGAGGCUAUGGCGAACCAAAGUAUGGAUGGUGACGAGAUCUUGAACGUUCGAUGGGCUACUGAAGAUCCCAAUCCAGGAGAGAAGGUUGCCGAGGAAAAACGUAUUGAAGAAAUUGGACAAAAGGCCAUCGCCGGCAUGCUCGACGAAAAUUUAGUCGAAGCUACUCAAGCUGUUCGAGCCCUUGAAGACGGUGACGUUGAGGAUUUCUACCAUAUAGAAACAUCAAAACCUGAAGAAGAGGAGGAGAACAGACCAGCGAAGAAAGGGAAAAGCGAAGGUGGAUUUUUCAAUGCGGACGCUCUGGACAACAUCAAAUUCUACGCUGAACUGGCGAAGAAACAGGCUGAAGAGGAGAAGGAAAAGGCUAGAAAAGUACCGGCAAAGCAAGUGGGGAUGUCUUUGCUCGGAGGAUACGGAAGCGGCGAUGAGAGUGACUAAAAUCUUUAGGGUCAUGUUUGUUUUUGCAUUCAAUGUAUUAAGUUUCCCUUUGCCGUAGAUGCAUAUAGUGUUAUAAGACAGUAUCUGAGUACUACUAAGCAUCGUUAAUAGGAGUGAACCCUUCCUCGAUUCUUCUAUGCCCUGUAGGCCUUGCAACCCCUGACCUACCUGACAUUCGGCCAUCAACCAUCACCUUCAGUAAAGUAUGCAGAUGUCGAGCUACCUAAAUCUAACUGGGUCAUCCCGAGGCUCGAAAUCUCUCGAGAGUGCGGAAUCGAAGAAGGGCCAUAAUAACCCCUCUGAUAACUUUUUUUGCAGCCUCCUGGACGAAGCAACGUUGUCAUAAGCCUAGUCAAGUAUUGCGGAGUAUUGAUCCAUCUGUGACAUCUGGUGCCCAAGCCUGUGGGCUUUGGACCACUCCCAGCACUGAUAAAUUUUGGCUUCAACAACAUACCAAACAGUAACAGUGGCAGUCCAGUCCAACCAACCCUGGAAGAAUGGCCAAUUACUCUAAUAUCCAGGCGUCUUUGUGGUUCCAGUUUGGUUGGCUCUGUUGUCAAACGCCUUGACGAUUGCUGUAUUGUUUAGGCAAAGCAAGGUACCCAAGAUAUCAGGGAACACGGGAAAGCUACUGCGCUUGCUGUGUAGAAUUGUAUUUCGAUUAGAGCCCUCGAAACUUAUAUUUGGACGACUGUAUCCCGGCAAAAUAUCGAUUAGA